AUGAACGACAACAGGUUUUUUAGAGAUCCGUCUACAUUGUACCACGUGGAUCAAGAUCUAUUACCUGCCAAUAAUGUCCAGGAUGAUGAGUGUAAUGACUGGAUGCAAACCUUACUCAAUCAGUAUGGUUUGCGGGCUGCCCAGCCUGGUCAAUUGAUUUCCCAGGAUACUGCCGUUUGGAGCCAGAGCCACAGACCAUGGAUGGAUGGCCACAAUAUACCCCAGGAUUUCCAUAUGCCAGAUUUGAACCCUUUUGAUCGGAUGGUCUCCAAGGAAACCGCAGGUGCAUGUCUCCGUGAAGCCAAUGCUGCCGUGAACUCACAUUGGUCAAAAGGUGAUAGCGUUGAGGUACUCAAGAGACAACAGUCUAGUCUGCCAUCUUCUGGUCCAUCUACAGAAGGCUCUCUCGCCGCAGCGAGAAACACUCAAGUUCGUGCUGUUGGCCAAAUAUCUCGUCACGUUCGUCACUUUGCAAAUGCCGAAAAUGGCGCAAGUGACAUCAAAUGUGGCUGGGAAGGGUGUACUUACACCGGUCGGUUUUCAUGCGCAUCUGCCCUAAUGCGGCAUCUUCGAUCUACCCAUGUUGCCCCUGGCACUUACAAAUGCCCCAUUUCAAACUGCAAGAGGGCCUUCGGACGAAAGGACAAGCUGCAAGAACACAUCCGAGUUCUUCACUCGAGUUUCGAAUACCCCCGCCAGCAAUGA